AUGUCACCGGUAUUGAUGACACAAGGGGAAAGAAAAUCACUCUCACCGCCUAUUGCUCGUCUUCUCAAUGAGCUCAUCUAAUUAUAUUAUUUGUAGUAAUUAUCUCGUGUCAGGGUGAAUGUUAAUGUUUGUGGAUAAGACAGGGCGACGAACAAGUCUGAUGGUCGGCGUGACAUCACCGUCUUGAUUAAAUAUUUCAUUUCUUCACAGCUUACAUCGUUAAUUGGUUGUUCCCUAUUUUUCAGGACAGGGGAAAUGGCUUUUAAUCAACAACGAAUUUUCAUCAUCCUUCUUCACUUUUCAUUUGGACUUUAUAUCAAACAUUCUAGUGGUGAGUAGAAGAUAUAUCUACAUUACACAUGUAUGUAAUCUUCCACACAUGUAAACAGAGGUUAAUAAUAUCUAAGACAAGAAACUGAACCAUAAUAGAUUAACACACAGGCAUUUGUCAACGUUUUAAGAAUUUUUAAAGUAUUACCAUGGAGAAUGUUGAUCACUUGGACACUUGAAACACAGCUGUUUUUAAGAAUGGAUAUGCAAUAAGAAUGACAGACAGAGCCCCCGCAGGUGGCCGCUGGGGUGGUUACCCGUACCACCAUUAACAUGGUGAAGGCCACCUGCCAUCAAUUGAGUUAUUUAUACUUCACUAACGAAGUGGAUUACAACAUGGACUCUUGCUUGAUGGCAGCAUCAGGUAUGAUGAUGAAGAAUUAUUGAUUGUAAAUUAGUUGUAACCAUAGUGAACAAAGGUUUUCCCGGGGUUACCGAUCGGUGGGCGUCGGUGCCCCUCUCAUUUUUCAUCUAUGUCAUCCUCAUUUUGUCAUUAAUAUUCCUGUCCAGCCCUAGCUUCUGCUAAUCUUUGUAAUGCCUAAAUGGCAAAUUUCAUGAAAUAAAGAAUGAGAAACGGAGAUGAAAAAACUGAAAUGAAAAGUGUUGCUGAAUAUCGCUGUGGGAUUUGUAGGAAGACAUUCUCUUCAGAAGAUGAAGUCUUCUCGCACAAAAAAAUACACAAGAAGGAAAAACGGUUCCACUGUGAAAUAUGUGGGAAAUCGUUUCACAGAAAUUAUGAUCUUCAGGCUCACAGACGUAGUCACACUGGGGAAAAACCCUUCCACUGUGAAAUUUGUGGGAAAUAUUUUGCUCAGAGUUCUACUCUCAUUGGACACAAACGUCGUCACACUGGGGAAAAACCAUUCCAGUGUGAAAUAUGUGGGAAGUCUUUUGCGGAUACUGCUUAUGUUGUAAUUCACAAACGUAGUCACACUGGAGAGAAACCGUUCCAAUGCGAAAUGUGUGAGAAAUCUUUUGUUUCUAAUAGCGUCCUAGCAACACACAGAAGAAUACACACGGGGGAAAAACCAUUCCAUUGUGAAAUAUGUGGGAAAUCUUUUAAUAAGAAUGUUUAUCUUGUGGUUCACAAACGUAGUCACACAGGAGAAAAACCAUUCCAGUGUAAAUUGUGUAAGAAAUCUUUUGUCACAAAUAGAGUUUUAAGAACACACGUAAAAAUACACAGUGGAGAAAAACCCUUCCACUGUGAAAUAUGUGGGGAAUCAUUUGGUUCU